AUGGCCACCUCCCAAACCUCACCACCCCGCCCGCCCCCGCCAUCCUUCACCCUCACCUACCCCCCCUCCCUCGAAUCCUACAACACCCCAGCCUCAACGUGGCUCGUAACGCACAACAAGACCUGGGACGGCCUCGCGACCGCCGCCCUCGUCUUCUCCCCGUCCAACCGCAUCCUGCUCCUGCAGCGCGCCGCGCACGACAGCAUGCCGAACCUGUGGGAGACGCCCGGCGGCGCCGCGGACCCGGAGGACGCCUCGCUCUUCGCGGCCUGCGCGCGCGAGCUGUGGGAGGAGGCCGGGCUCACGGCGACGCGCAUCGUGCGCGUCGUCACCGAGGGCGCGGACCGCGAGCCGGGGAGCGUGUUCACGAACCGCACGGGCAAGAUCUUCUUCUGCCGGUUCGCGUUCGAGGUCGAGGUGGAGACCAAGGAGGGCGAGGUAGAAGGCGCGGUGAGGAUUGACCCCGAGGAGCACCAGGAUUUUGUGUGGGCUACGGAGGAGGAGGGUGGGGGAUAA